GGGGUUUUCAAAUUUUGAUUUCUGAAAAAGAUACUCAGACUAUAAUCAGAUUCUAUUCAGCUCGUAAUCAGAAUGGAUGUAGCAAGGGAUCAGAUUGCUUCUCUUCUCGAUCUUGGCCUCUAUGAUUCUGCGCAGAUGCUCAGUUGCUUUCUUUUGUCAUCAUCAAUUACAAAUGCUGAAACAAAUUCCCAUCUAAAAGCUGAUAGUUAUGUACUUCUUGGUGAUUCAUUAUAUGGUGAGAAAGAACACAAGAGAGCAAUAUAUAUGUACAAGCAAGCCUUGAAUCUUUGUAAGAUUAUUCCCAAGCAAACCAUAACAAGUUCUAGAGGUUCGUUAUCCACUUCAAACCGGUCUUCCUCCCCAAAUUCCGUGAAUGUAUCAGCAAUUAAUGAGAAUGAGGUGAAAUUCAAAAUUACUCUUUGCCAUUCUGCACUAAAUGAUAAUCGUGCUGCUCUUGUGGAGAUGGAGGGUAUUCCAAGCAAAGCAAGAACCCUGCGGAUGAAUUUAACUUUGGCAAAGCUGUAUCGGUACUCUAGACAUAAUCGUGCUGCUAUUUCUUGCUAUAAAGAAUGUUUGAGGCAUUGCCCGUAUAUCUUGGAAGCCAUCACAGCUUUGGCCGAAUUAGGAGUUGCAGCCAAGGAUAUUCUUACACUAUUUCCUCAGACACCAAGUAGAAGUGGGAGGCCUCCUUUUGAUAAUUUCGAUUCUAGCAGGUGGCUACAGCGAUUUGUUGAGGCUCAGUGUUGCGUUGCAUUGAAUGAUUAUAAAGGUGGUCUAGAGCUCUUCACAGAAAUUUUACAGCGGUUUCCUAGUAAUGUACACAUACUAUUGGAAGUUGCGAAGGUUGAAGCUAUUAUUGGGAAAAACGAUGAAGCCAUGAUGAACUUUGAAAAGGCUCGAUCUAAUGAUCCCUAUGUUAUUGAUUACAUGGAUGAGUAUGCUAUGCUUCUAAAGACGUGCUCCGAUAGCUCCAAGCUGAACAGGUUGGUGCACGAAUUGUUGAGCAUUGACCCUACAAGACCAGAAGUCUGUGUAGCUUUGUCAGUUUUGUGGGAAAGGAAAGAUGAGAGGAGAGCUAUGGCCUAUGUUGACAAGUGUCUCCGUAUUGAUGAUAGGCACAUAGCCGGCCAUAUAAUGAAGGGUAAUCUAUUUUUGUCACUUGGUCGACCAGAUAAUGCUUUAGCAUCCUUCAGAGCAGCUCAAGAAUUAAGGCCAGAUCUCCGCUCUUACCAAGGUCUGGUUCGAUCUUACUUAUCACUCGCUAAAACCAAAGAGGCUUUACACUCUGCUAGGGAGGCUAUGAAGGCCAUGCCACAGUCGGCUAAGGCUCUUAAGUUGGUGGGAGAUGUUCAUGCUAGCAUUACUACCGGAAGGGAAAAGGCAAAAAAGUUCUAUGAAUCGGCUCUCCGUUUAGAGCCUGGUUUCCUUGGAGCUGCAUUAGCGUUGGCUGAGCUCCAUGUUGUUGAAGGUCGAAAUGGAGAGGCAGUUACUCUACUGGAAAGAUACCUCAAAGACUGGGCAGAUGACUCUCUCCACAUCAAGUUGGCUCAAGUAUUUGCUGCAACUAAUAUGCUGCAGGAGGCUUUGUCACAUUUUCAGGCUGCUAUGAGGAUUAAUCCACAGAAUGAAACUGCAAAGAAAGGAUUAGAAAGACUGGAGAAACAAAUGAAGGGAGUAGAUCCAGAUGCACCUGAAGAAGAUGAAGACAAUGAAGUUGAGGAUGCUGAAGGAGAACAAGAAGAGGCCGAACUUUUAUGAUCCAAAACACAGAGCUGUCCUGCCAGCCCAGCCCUAAAAUUCGUAGCUAAUGUGUCAGGCUGUUUUACACUAUGGUCAUCUUGACCAUUUCAGUGUAGUUAGGUCAUUGCCUGCUCGAUUAUGCCAAGGCACCCUUUUCUACACCGAAGGUUCAUCUCCCAGCAAAUCACUUUCUGAGGAGGCACCUGCAUGAACUUCGGAGGAGUAACUCAGCAAACACUAAACUACAAAAAGUAAAUGAGUAACAACGCAAUUUAAGAUAUCAUUGUCAGAAAUCAUUCGGCUGUGAUUAAUCUGUUCGUUUAUUUCCUCUAUUAGAUAAGAAAAGGCAUUGCCGUUAAAAAGUAAAACUACACCUUGGCUUGGAUAUCAGGCAUGAAUGGGUAAGCUGAUGUGAAAAACACUUCACUGCCAUUUCUAUCAGUGCACUUAGGAAAAAAAUUCCAUUUGUUCUCUUUGAA